GUAACUGGCCUGUGAGAGUGCAGCGCGCGUCCACGCACUCGGCUUGGCCCGCAACAUGUCACGACACCGUGCAGCCGCGAUUGGCCCGCAGGGCCAGUCAUGGCAUAUGUUCCGGACCCUAUCAAUGCAUUGCCAUUAUAUGUUGCUAUUGUGGCAGCGGUAAUUGCCAAAGAACGUUGCGAAGUGUGCGAAGCGGCCAGCGUCAAGAGCAAAUUCAGUGCCAAAACUGCGCGCCUUACAAGGCUACUCCGUUUGUGCCUUUAUAAUACGAGAAGCUGUCUCUAACUUUCUUGAUUCGUGCAUGCAAACCAACUUGUUGGCUUGCUGAACGUCCGGGCAACUUCUCUCCACGCUGGUGACCAGCGCUCCUUCACGACCAAAACAGUGACUGUUCAUAUAGCAUUGUGCUGGAUUCCAGCUGAAGGGCCGUCGCUGACAUUGUCGAGACGCCCCUUGCACGCCCGACCAUCACUGCUGCACGCCGCUGCUGGCAAGACACUGACAACACUGACGCCACAAACAACCAUGGCUCCACAACGGCGCAGCUGCGCGCCAUGCCGGUUAGCGGCCGCCGCCCAGCCCCGCGUGCUCCUGGCUGCGGUGCUGCUCCUCUCCGCCGCCGCCUUGGCACCCGCCGCCGCCGCCGCCGACGCCUCCCGACGCCUGCUGGUCAAGCCGCACCACAACCUCCUCACCACCGCCUCUGAAUCCUCCUCCUCCGAUGCCACCACCUCCUCCGAUGCCGCUGACCUUUUCGAGGCGCGUGAGCAGGCAGGCCACAUCGCGCAGCCCCGUGCGCGCUCCGCCGACACCUCCACCUCCUUCCCGCCCGUGCACGUGCCGGUUCGCCCUGACUACCUGCCUGCGCUGCCGCGAGUGCGCCUGGGGCCGGGCGAGAGCGCCAGCAUCAUUAUGGAGGCGGUGGACCUGCAGUUCUCCGUGCGCGGUCCCCACAAAGCCGCCCACACCGACGGCCGCGCCGGCAGCAGCAACGGCCUGCUCUCGCUGUCCUUCACCGCCGCGCGCUACGCCGUCGCCGGCACCAACGCGCCCGCCGACUCGCUGCGCACCGCCCCCGCGAUCAUUCUGGACGCCGUAUGCGACAGCUUCAGCCUCAAACUCACAAACAACCUGCCGUUCCAGGGCGUGAGCACGUGCCCCAACGCCCCCGGCGACAACGGCUCUCUGUUCUUCACCAACGGCCCCCACGACUUCGAGUGGACCAACCUGCACACCCACGGCCUCAAGGUGGACCCCGGCGCUGUGCUGUUUGACAACACCUGCGAGCCCAACCCCGACUCCGAGGAGGAUGCCGAUGAGGAGGCGGACUUCGAUGAGGACCAGGAGGAUGACGCUGAUGAGGAGGACUCGGGCGAGUCGGUCACGGCAAAGCAGAAGGCCCCGGCCGAGGUCACACGGGCCGACUACUACUGCAACCCCAAGAUGUCCACGGACCAGAUGUGCGAGGUGAUGGGUGACAACGUGUUCGUGAACGACAAGCCGCACCGCAUGGCCGUGGCGCCCGGGGCCUCGCUGAGGUACACCUACCCGCUGGGGCCCUCGCCGCCAGGAGUAGGCUGGUACCACCCGCACCAGCACGGCUCCGUGGGCACCCAGACGCCCACCGCCUCCGGCCCCCUCAUCAUCCCCGAGUCCUGGCUGCCCAACGGCCUGUCGGACCUGUACGAACCGGCGGGCGGCUGCGAGAUCGCCGAGUUCCACCGCCUCAUGCAGAUCCUCAAGUCGCAGCCGCUGGAGAGCAGCACCAUCCUGCGCAUCGACGCGGUGUGGUUCCGCCUCGACCCCAAGGGUGACCCCGAGGAGGACUCCUUCCCUAUGCUGGGCACGGGGCUGGACGGGCGACCCGACACCGCCAGUCCGCUGCUGUACGAGGCGGACGGCUCCCCCCGCUUCGACAACAGCGCCGGCCGCGACUGGGGCAUGGUCAACGGGGCCUUCCAGCCCACCAUUGACAUCACGGAGAAGACUUACUUUCGCUGGCAGCUGCUGAACACCAUGACUAUGAAGUGGCUGGACCUCACCAUCCAGCAGGUGCACCAGGACGGCUCGCUCAGCCACGCCGACUGCGAUUUCUGGCUGCUGGGUCGCGACGCGCUGCCGCUGCCGCACAUCCCGCGCCGCCUGCAGUCCAAGCCCCGCGGCGCCGCCGCCGCCGUCAGCGACGUCAUCAUGUCGCCCGGCACCCGCAUCGACGUGCUGGUCAAGUGCAACACCCCCGGCACCUACGUGCUGGCCUCCGGCGCCGGGCCCUUCCACACCAACUACACUUCUUGCCAGGCCACUCACUGCGAGAUCUUUGGCGAGGUGCCGCCCCCGGCCGCCAACGUGCCGCGCUCCGCCAACAACAUCUUCGAACGGCGGGAGCUGAGCGCGGCCGUCCUGGCCGUUGUGGAGGUGUCGCCGCGUGAGGUGGGCGCGCCGGUGCACGCCGACCUGCCAGACAACCUGGCGCGCACCAAGCUGGAGCGGUUCGCCUACCUGAACCACACCGCCUUUGACUCCAAGAAGACUGUGGAGCAGUGCUUCAGUUUCAUGAACGCCGCAUACGGCGGGAUGUGCGCGGUCAACAAUGCGCUGCUGCCCGGCACCCAGGCCUUUGUGGAGAUGGGCACACAGCAGGUGUGGAAGCUCCGUGACAUCACCUUUCAUCCCUUCCACAUGCACGAGUCGCCCGUGCGCCUGCUGUCGCUGCCCUCCUGCGCUACCAGCGUCACCAACAUGUGGCAGGUGGGCGACUGGGUGGACGUGGUGAUGCUGCCGGUGUGCCAGAACGGCUGCGAGUGGCCCGACCUGGGCAGCGGCGGCGGCGAGUGUGACAGCCCCGUCAGCGUGUGCGACGAGGUCACGGUCCAGUGGGUGGCCGAUCACUACUACAACCCCAGCGCUUCCGCUGGCACACACCACCAGGCCGACGACCUGUGUGCCGCCAUCGGCCGGCCGCUGCCGCCCGCGCCCGCCGCCAGCGAGUGCCGCCAGCGCCUGUCCAUGUUCCACUGCCACAUCCUGUCUCACGAGGACGAGGGCUGCGUCGCCGUGCUGAAGUGGUUCUGCCCCGGUGACAAGGACAUCCCCAGCCCCACCCCGCUCGCCACCUGCCCCGCAACCACCACCUACACCUGCGACAUGGAGAUGCGUCGCCGCCAGCAGCGCCGCCGCCUGAGCGGCCCGGGCGGCGCCGCCGCUUUCGCCGCCAGCCAGCAGUAAAUCGAGUGCCAUGCAGCAGCUCAGCUCAUCAGCUCACGAUUGAUAGAAACGCCCUACCUGGCAAGUAGGAGGGGUAUGAACGUACAUACGUACGUACGUGAGUGCAGCACGCCGAUAGAUAGGGAUGGACAGCAGUGCAGAGGAGCGAGCGAGCGAGCUGGCGCAGUGGUUUGGAGGUAGAGCUCGCCGCUCGCUCGUGCACGGGUGCGUGUGGCGCAACGCGGCGUCUGCACGGCCUCUCACGCGCCGUGUCUAGCAGCAGGCUAGGCAGCGUCACACAUUGCUGCUGGUUGGGCCAGUGCGGGCGGCAGGGGUUUGAUGAUGGAAUCUGACACCAGGUGGCCAAGCAAGGCCAGUUUUUCUCAGGAAGAUGGAGUUGUGUGUGGAGGAAGGAUUGGCGGAUGCGCUGUGGCUUUUUGCUUGAUAUUACGUACGUGCGUAAAUUUGUUGAUCGUUUGGAAUGGGGCGGGGGGGGGCGGAGCAAACGCCACCGGCAGUACGUGGCCGCGUGCAUGGGCUGCUCGUGUUAGCAUGUGCCGCCGUUGAGCCACAUCGACCGCUCGCCCUGGCAUAGAUGUGCACAGCUUGCAAGUAAGCGCUACUAAGCUAUAAGCCUACUACUGCUGCUGCCUAGCGGCUGGCGGAAGGGGUUUGCUUGUGCGUGCGGCACAGAGAGCGAGCGGAGGGUGCAUCCAUCCGCCGACUCCGCCGUCGCCGUACGUGCUGCCAGCAUGCCCCCCGGAGUCCGCUGUUGUUAGCAGCCUACUACAACACCUACUAACUAGCUUUUUGGCAGUCAUGUCCAGGGUAACCCUAGUCCUGUGGGCUUACUGAGCCAGGCUGUUUGCGGUGGGUUCGGGACACGAUCUGAUUAUUCACGCCGCCGAACACGCUGCUGGUGCCACCGCGUUUGCGUGCAUGGUGUGUAUGUGUGUGCGGUCCGGCAAAGACCGGAUGCAAACGCAAGUCGGCACUGAGGGGUCGCGCGGCGUGGCCCCGCGGGGCGUAGCGAUGUGAAGUGGAGCGAGUGGUGCCGACUGCUGUUGUUGUGUCGCGGUGUGGUGUCAGUCAGUGUGGCAGCCUAGUUGCCUAGAUAGGGCGGGGGCACACGCUCAGAGCAGCUGAAAGGGUUCUCGCAUGCCGAUGCAUGUGGUUUCCUGCCAGGUGUGGUUGCAGUGCCAGGCAGAGGUGAGAGGGUUCUGCCACCUCUGCCUUCGGCUAGCUGUUUUCGCAUAACGAACGGGUUGGGUGUGUGCGUGGCGCGGUGGAGAGAGUUGCGGGGCAGUGCACGCAAAGCACUUACCAAUUGUUCACUGCAAAUGAGGCACUCACGUUCUCCAUUCAAUUAUUGUGGGCCCCACCUCGCGCAUGCCUUGAUGGGCCGCCCCAAGACACCUAGCCGUUUGUGUUUUGUCUUGGUAGCAUAUGUGGUGUGGGAUGAACGAACCGCAUUCCUGCACCUCGCUUGAUUGUGACCUUGUUGGUGCGGGGGGCGUGCGCACGUACGCACAUGGAGAGUGUGGUGAGAUACCGUAGUGGAAGCAGGAGGUGUUCCGGGCGGGUGCACGCCGCUUCCGGUGGUUCUUUCACUCGCCAUUGCAUGGACAGGCUCAGGAAACACCUGUGUAUGAUGUGUCGGUCUACGUGAGUCCAUUCUGCGUAAGCCGCCCUAGCUGUGCCUGUGUCGUAUACUGUUGAGUGGGAAAUGUCCGUGCGCGGGCAGGGAGCACUGCUGUCAGAGAGAGGAGUAUGCGCGAGGUGUGUACGUGUAAGCGCGCCACCUG